UGAGAAGAUCCACCACGUCAGAGUUGGAAUUAUUGUACUUGUUGAAUACUGCCACUGGUCAGUUAUGGAAAGAAAGCAAUGGCGGAUUCUCAAAUCUCAAUUUCUCACCCCUCGUGCGUCCGUGCGCAGCACUGAAAUGAUAAGCCUCAACACCCCCAUUGCUUGAUUUUUACGAGAAAGCACAAAAAUUGAACAGUUUGGGUCUGUUUCAGAGGUUGCUUUGUAAAUGGCGGUCUCCUCUUACAAAUCCCCCAUCUCUUUCUCUUCUUUGACUUGCCGUCCCAGGCCUGGUCUUCGGAGCUGCUUGUUCACGCCGUCGAUUCUUCCCACGAAUCAGCGAAGAAAUUUAGCUACGAGCACUCUGGUCGCUGCUUUGCCUGUGGCUGUUUCUGAGAGUUCAACCCCACCAGUAACGUCUUUCAAUAAGUUGAUCGAGUCGCUGAUAAAUCGGGUGGACUUAUCGGAGUCUGAGGCCGAAGCUUCGCUGGAUUUUUUGCUGAAUGAUACCAAUGAGGCAUUGAUAAGUGCCUUUCUUGUGCUGCUGAGAGCCAAAGGAGAGACAUAUGAAGAGGUUGUGGGAUUGGCAAGGGCAAUGCUCAAGCGUAGUGUGAAGGUAGAAGGGUUGGUUGAUGUGGUUGACAUUGUUGGGACGGGAGGUGAUGGAGCAAACACGGUGAACAUUUCCACAGGGGCUUCAAUACUUGCUGCAGCUUGUGGUGUGAAAGUUGCAAAGCAAGGAAACAGGUCAAGUUCUUCUGCAUGUGGAAGUGCCGAUGUAUUAGAGGCUCUGGGAGUAGCUAUUGAUUUGGGGCCUGAGGAGGUGAAGAGGUGCUUGAAUGAAGGAGGAAUUGGAUUUAUGAUGGCUCCAAGAUAUCACCCAGCAAUGAAGAUUGUCGGCCCCGUGAGGAAAAAGCUGAAAGUGAAAACUGUGUUCAACAUAUUGGGCCCAAUGUUGAAUCCAGCAAGAGUACCCUUUGCUGUUGUCGGUGUAUACAUGGAAGACUUGGUCCUGAAAAUGGCUAAAGCAUUGCAGCGCUUUGGCAUAAAAAGAGCAUUAGUUGUUCAUUCAGAGGGCUUAGAUGAAAUGAGCCCCCUUGGACCUGGGCUAAUCCUCGAUGUCACUCCAGAAAAGAUUGAGAAGUUCUCAUUUGAUCCAUUGGAGUUUGGUAUUUCUCGCUGCACUCUUGAUAGUUUGCGAGGCGGAGGUCCGGAAUAUAAUGCGGAAGUACUAAAGCGUGUAUUGUCAGGGGAGAAAGGGUCCAUUGCCGAUGCAUUGAUAUUAAAUGCGGCGGCUGCUUUAUUGGUUAGUGGCCAUGUGAAAACCUUGAGUGAAGGAGUAACUUUGGCUCGUGAAACACAAGAAUCAGGAAAAGCUCUUGAGAAGCUUGAUUUGUGGAUAGAUAUUUCCAAUAAAUCGAAAAAAGAUGCAGCCCUGAAGGGUGCUUGAGGCUCCAAUAUCAAUUAGAGAGUUUGAAGAUUGAAAGCCGUAUAUAAAGUAUGGCAAAGAUCAAAGUAUUUGGACAUGUGAAGGAUUCAAUUAAUGGAUGUAUUUAUCAUUAUAAUUCAAAUUGUUGGAACAUAUUGUUUAAACAAUAAGAAAGUUCACUACUUAUCAAAAAAAAUAAGAAAGUUCACUAAUUAUAUUUUGAAUAGCCAAAUUUUGUAAUUGGUAGAGCUUGUGCUUCAGGUUGAAAAUCGGGAGAUGAUUAUGUCAGUGUUGUUCCUCAAAAUGAAAGACAUCUACAAGAAUUUCUGAAUGCGGCAUUUUGAUUUUUGAAA